AUGAAGCUCAUCAUGACCUCGUUCGCCGCCGCGCUCCCCGCGGUCCUCGACGUCCUCGUGCUCUGCCUCGGUGUCUUUAUCAUCUUUGGCAUCGCUGGCCGAACGCUCUUUUCUCAAAAGAUGUACUCGUGCAACGACACCUCAGUGGCCAACCGCACCCAGUGCACAGGGUUCUACGCCGCGCAACCGCUACCCGCGUCCGACGCGCCCGUGCUUAUGCCCCGGGUUUGGGUGCCGUACCGCGCUCGCUUUGACACGCUGGCGAGCUCGAUGAUUGCGCUCAUGGAGCUCUCGUCGGUCAAGUGGGUGGACACGGCCGAAUUCGCCAUGGACAUUGUCGGUGUCAACGAGCAGCCGAUUCUCAACUACAGCAUGAUCUACAUUGGCUACUUUAUCUCGUUUGUAUUUAUCGGCGGCUUCUUCCUCAUUCGACUCUUCGUCGGUGUCCUCGUGGAGCAAUUUCAACGCAACAACGGGACGCAGAUUCUUACACCGAGUCAAAAAUGUUGGGUCGAGCUGGAGCGCCACAUGCUCUUGCUCAAACCACGUUACAGCGUGCCCGAGCCCAAAAACGCGAUGCGAAGUCGAUUCUACCGCGUGGCGAAAUCCCAUCGGUUCGAGCAUUUCAUGUCGUCGAUCAUCGUCAUGAACAUGCUCUUCAUGUUGCUCACCCCCACAAAAGCAGCACAGCAGUGGAAGUUUGCGUUCGAGAUGAUUGACAAGCUCUUUGUGAUCUUGUACUCGUGCGAAUUUGCAACCAAGCUCGUCGCGUUCGGCCGCCACAUCUUUCGCGACACGUGGCACGUGUUUGACUUGGUGCUCCUGAUCGGAUCCUACGUCUCGUACUUGCCCGGGAUUUCGAUUCACCAGAUUUCUCAAGUUGGCCGCAUCUUUCGCGUCAUGCGCGUCAUGAAGUUUGUCAAAGUCAGCAAGGGCGUGCGGACCAUCUUCCGGACCUUCCGCGCCAGUCUCUCGUCGAUCGGCAACGUCGUCUUGCUGCUCGUCCUGCUUUUGUACAUCUUUGCGAUCCUCGGGCGCCAGCUCUUUGGCACGGUCAAGUAUGGCCCGAACCUCAACGAGACGCAAAAUUUCCAGACCUUUGGGAACGCGCUCUUGACGCUCUUUGAGCUCAUUGCAGGUGGCGAGUGGCACCUCCUCAUGACCGACUGCAUGGUCGAAGGCACCGACUGCGCGACGAUUGGAAGCGAUACGGACUGCGGCGAUUACUACGCGGCGUGGAUGUACUACCUCGUAUUUGUCAUUGCGAUCGUGUACAUCUUCCUCAACCUCUUCAUUGCGGUCAUCCUCGAGAACUUUCGGAGCUGCUACGUCAAGGACAUUAGUCCCGUGACGCUCGAAGAUUUCGAGGGGUACCAAGAGGUCUUUGAAAAGUACGACCCGUACCACAAGGGCACGAUUCCCAUCUACAUGCUCCCGCGCUUCUUGCACGACUUGCCGCCCAACUUGCGCGUGAGCACGGCUGGCAACCGCAUGGCGUACUUGCACCUUCGGUUUGAGAUCGAGCAAGUGCAGCUCGCGCCGUCGACGCCGCAACGCGCGCCGUUCUUCAACGCGCUUCUCCGCACCGUGUGCAUCCACCACAUGGGCAUCCGCGCGCUCUCGUACGAGCAGCAGCGCGACCGCGUCAAGCAGAUCUUCGUCAUCAAGGAGAAGGUCGCCGCCAUGAUCGUCCGCGCCAUGCUCCGCGGCGUCAUCGAGCGCACGCGCAUUCGCGCCAAGCGGGAGACCAUGUACGGGCUCGCGUGCACCAAGAGCGUGGUCCAUCGACGCAGUGUCAUGUACACCGGGCUCCAUGUCCACGAAGAAGAGGCAGCGAUCUCGGUUAUCGACGGCUCCGAGGACGAUCGACACGAUGGCGCGAUGGAGACAGCGAUCUCCUCGUCGAUGCCUGGGAAUGCGUCGACGACGCCCAGUGACGCAUCGAGCCUGCAAGACGACACCACAUGCAUGCAG